GUACGGAAGAUUGUGACCUCUGGCCCAUCGAAGUGUGCACGGCGCGUCCUUCUAUCAAAGUUGGGGUUUUAGGGCAGCGCCUGUGAGGGCGGGACAUGCUCGAGCGCGAUCCAUCCAUCGCCCGCCACAAUGGAGCAAUCGGAGGGAGGAACUAACUCGUGGCAGUCGAGCGCUUGGAGCUUUGGAAGCUUGGUGAAGUCUUUGACGUCCAAGUCGGAGGAAGUCUUGCAAGCGUAUCAGCGUGACUUGCAAGAGUUUGGCAUCGGAUUAAAGCGCGAGACAACUGUUGCUGCGGAGGUCACAGCUCAUGCCGUGAAGGAUCUCCCAAUUUCCUUGGAAAGCACUGCUGCUGUUGCUCAGGAAUCACUUGAAGCUGUUGGCCAGAAACUAGAAGAUUUUGGAAGCUCGGUUUGGCGAGGAACAGCGGACCUUAUCGGCCAAGUGAAGGAAGCUGUGAAAAAAGUGGACGAGGAUGUUACUGAAAAUUCAGAGGCUAGCUCCACCCCUCUUUCCAGCGGGAAGGGGAUGUACAGAAGAUACGAGGCUCAACUUCAUGCACUGCAGUGUGACAACAGCACGUACUGCGAGGAACCAGAGGAUCGAGAGGACUAUGCCGUUUGGAAAUCAACCUUCGAUCUCGAUAACAGGAAAGGUGAAGUAGAACUUCUAAUGGAAGAGAAUCCUUUUAUUCAAGAGAUUCAUGCGAGAAUAGUUCCGACGAGCGUCGACCACGAGACAUUCUGGACCCGUUAUUUCUAUCGCGUGAAUAAGCUACAGCAAGCGGAGGAUGCUAGAGCAGACCUUGUUAAGAGAGCAAAUGCCGUGGAGGAAGAUCUGAGCUGGGAAGUUGACGAAGAAAAUGAUCAGAGCCAGCGUGUUCCAGAGGAUGACCUCAGUCCCAACACUCCAGCGCUUCCAAGAGAGAGCGUCACAGAGGAUGAAGUCAGGAGUGACAACAGCACAAGCAGCGAGUGGCUUGUCGUUCAAGAAGACAGGGAAACUUUGGCCUCUGAUACUCCACAAUCCUCACUUCACAGUGAGAAGAAGGACGCAAAGAACGAGGAUCAUCCUCAGGAUGCUGCGAAACGCAAGACUGGAGAAACUACAGACGAGGAUUGGGGGGAGUGGGAAUGACGCAUUGGCAUUCUAUCUGGUAGUCUCGGUGCGCCACAUGUAAGUAUAAACUUCAUUCAAUAAGGCCGCAUUGAAUCAAUCUGGAAGAAGGAUACUACUGAUAGCAAUCUGCACUAAAGUAUAUUCUUUAAAUAAGAAUAUUCUAAGAAUUUAGUGCGUUA